GCCUCUGUUAAACAAGAAUAGUUCGCUUGAUGCAGAUUUUUAUAGGCUUGAUUUAAAAAUGCAGAGAAGCCUAGAAGGCUUGACUAAAAUUACAGAGCAAUUAAAUAUCAAGACAACUCUUGAGCAACAACCACCUGCUUUACUCGAUCUAAAGCCCUUAGAGCAAGAGAAACUCUCUCUUGAGAUGGAGUUGAAAAAGAACAAGGAACUACUAGAACAAGAAAGGGAUAGACAACAACGUUUAGAAAAAGAAAAAGAAGCUUUGGCUCGAAAAUUAGAAGUGUCUGAAGCAAAACAAAGGCAAGAUAAUAAGUGGCAGCAACAAAUCAAACAACUAGAGCAACAAUACGCUCAACUGACAGAAAAGAACCAAUCUUUAGUUGCAACAAUAGAACAACUCGAAGAACAUGCUCAAAAAGAAGUGCAAAGAAAAGAGCAGCAUGAACUCUUGUUACGAGAGAAUGCAGAGGAAUUAAAAGCCACAACUGAAGGCAUUUUAGAACGAGACCAAAAGAUAGAAGAAUUACAAGAGAACCUAAAAUACGUACAACAAAUCCUGGAAGAAAAAGAUGAGCUAUUAGAGAAAUGUGUGACAAAAGCACAAUUGGAUUCUGAACAGUAUGAUCGUCUUCAAGAUAGACUAGAACAAUUGGAAGCAGAGAACAUAGAAUUAAAACAAAGACUAAAAAAGAACAUAGCUUCACCUAUUGAGCAAGAAGAAACAGAGGGAAUGGAACAGUUAAAACAAGAGUUGGCUACAUGUCAACAGCAACUUUUACAAAAAACAUCUCAAAACAAAGAACUCGAAAGUGCAAUGGAGCGCGCAAAUGAUCACUGUGAGAUAUUGAGAACAAGCUUAAAUGAAUCGAGAGAAGAAUCAUCCAAUAGAUACCACAAAAUGAUUAGUUAUUUAGAAGAAAUACGUUUACUGAAGCAUGAAUUAAGUACAUAUAAAAAUCAAUAAUAAACAA